AUGAACUCAACUCAAAAGAGAACAGGUACUCUCAAAACUCAUAAAUUUGCAAACACUGACUCUAAACUAUAUCAAAAUCGUUCCAAGACUGCCUCUACUUCUAAAGCAAUGGGACUAACUGAUGAGAUGAUGGCUUAAAUUGAGAAGGAUGAGGAUUUGCAUUGUCUGCUGAAACUGCAUCACACAGUCUAAAAAGUCAAAAACACUAAUAACGAAAAUUCUGUGAAAAUCAAGGAACUUAAAGAGCUAUUUACUGAUUUAACUGAAAAGAUUCAAGCAGUUUUCAAGGAAUAGAGCAAUACAAGUGGAGCUUCACUCGCUGAUAAAAAGAAAGACGAUAUGAAGAAGACUAAAUGA